AUGGUCAUUGUGAUGGCGUCAACACCCGAAUGUUUCUUCAAGGACGAAUCUUGUACCGAUCAGUUUAUAAGCUUUCGUGAGCUACGGCAUGAACAUUUCUCGAGCUCAGUUUUUCCUGGUGCGCGAUCGUGUAUUGAGAUCAUGUUGUUACGAGGAGAUCGAUUUUAUCAACCAGUUCUUCGUUUACAAAAGACGCAUGUGUGCACACGACACAAGGAAGAAUUGUUGAAGGAAUUUCGACGAUCGAAAUACCGAACUUGUCACACGUGUGUGCCUUGUUUUGGAAAAUCAAAGCCUAGUGAAGCUGCUCAAAAUAUCGGAGCAUUUAUUGCACUUACUCUUUAUGAAGAACUGCAUUUUCAAUAUUCAUAUGGAAAGUUAAUUUGUCGUCGUUGUCGAGAGGCAGUCAUGAAACGUACGGAUCCAAUCAAGAUUAGCAAUCAUAUGUCGGCUUUCCAUUGGCUUGACACUAUUGUUUGGAGUGAUGAGGAAUCGGAAGAAAGCACUAAUGACAAAGACUUUCAUUAUUCUCCUGUUUCUAUCACACCGACGUCAUCCGUUUUUAGUGGUCAAAAUGACAAGAGCAAACGAGCUGCAUUACAAAACUUUAUUCAACUAAUGCAUCCUGAUCGUUCUGGUCGGUCUCUUUUAGUCACCCAUUCCUAUAAUGAACUUACUAAGGGUGCUCAAAAGAAUUUUCUUUGCUCAACAAAGGCCGUGAUCGAUAUUGUUUUGGAGUUUCUUGCCGGUUCGAAUGCGAAUGAAGUUCGUACAAAGCUUUUUACGGAGACAAACAAGAGAAGCAGGGUUGUAAUGGAUCCGAAACUAAUGAAUAUUUUGUCAGCCAUUGCUGAAGCAUAUAAUAACGCCGACAGCCCUUCGAAUCGUCGAACAAUUUUAUCUAUUGUGGCCAAACACGUGGAUUACAAUCUGAUAUCUUCCGUUAUUCCGGGCUUGACAAGACACCGUCUUACAGAAGCUCGUUUAUUUGCAGUAGAGUCGGGAAAAGGUGUGAUAACAAAAUCAACACCUCGUAUCAAUGUUUGUUACUCAUCAGCUCAAGUAGAGCACUUUAUUGACUUCGUUCUUAGUCCGCAUAUCUCGAGUGAUGUACCAUUUGGGGAGAAAACUUUACGGCUUUCUAGCGGCAAAGAAUUCAAUGUACCGGAUACAAUACGAUCUAUCAAUUCCACACGAAUUAUACAACAAUACUAUGAAUAUUGCCAUCAGAUGUGUGCCAAUUUUGAACCACUGGCUUCUUCUUCGCUGUACAAAAUAUUAAACUGUUGCAAAGCUUCAACGCGGAAAUCACUUCAAGGUUUGAACAACUUCGUAGCAGAUGGUAUUGCCGCUUUCGAAGAUCUGAAGAUUAUUAUUCAAAAUCUCUCGAUUGAUUCAGAUGAAAAGAUACGGCUAGCUAAAGCGGUACAACGAGCGAAGCAAUACUUGAAAUCUGACUUUAAACUGCAUGUUCGCCAAUCUUCAAGUGUCGCUGAUCAUUGCAUUCCAUUUUCGCUUAGCGAACGAAACUCGACAUUUUUUUCGUCAUCGUGCAAUCACCAUCAUGACGACAUUUGUAUAGAAUGUACUAAUCUGGCAAAUGUUCUUUUCGACAUAAAACAAGCAAUAAAGACGAAUAAUUCACCAGAAACUGUAGGUCGAACAAUGUACGAUUAUGAUGAGUCUUUAGAAGCUAUAUUAGCAUGGAAGUCACAUUUAUUACGAUGCGUUAAUCAAGGCCAAUGUCGAAUAAACAUUAUGCAAAGCAUGUCUGAAAAUAGUAUAUUUUUAAAUUUGGACUGGGCAAUGAAGUGGAAUCCAGUUUACUACAGGGAAGGUCAGGCAGCCUUUUUUGGUAAAAAAGGCAUUAGCUGGCACAUAACUGUUGUGUCAAUGAAGCAAGCUGGAGCUGAUGAAGAUGAUGGGUCGUCAAGCGAUGUUGACGAAAGCGAUGAUUCAUCAGUCGAUGCUGAUGAUGACGACGAAGAAGCUGAGAAAUCAAAUAAUGAAGCAUUCCGAAAAAUUGCUCUUGAGCAUAAAAUAUUUGUCCACGUAUUCGAUCAGGUGACUCAAGAUAGUGACGCUGUGCUUGCGAUACUUCAGGAUGUUCUCACAAGGGUAAAAGCGCACAAUCCAAAUAUAAAAAAUGCAUACAUCCGAUCAGACAACGCCGGAUGUUAUCAUUCGGCGCAAACAAUCAUAGGCUUGCGUCAACUUUCUCUCAAUACAAAUAUUACAAUCAUUCGAUUCGAUUUUUCGGAUCCUCAAGGAGGAAAAGGCUCCUCCGAUAGAUAUUCUGCUGUAUUGAAGUCACACGUUCGGCGCUUUUGGAACGGAGGGCAUGAUGUCGCGACUGCUGCUGAAUUUGUGGCAGCAUGCGCUUCAUAUGGCGGUAUCAAAAACGUUCAAGUAUUCGAAUGCCAAUUAGCCCCUGCUCAUUCAAAAGAUAAAAGGAAGAUAAACGAUAUUACCAAAUUGCAUAAUUUUAUUUUUGAACCAAGUACUUCGAUUCGUGUGUACCGAGCUUGGAAUGUAGGUGUUGGUAAAGUAUUAGCACCUGAUCAAAAUCGAAAUGGCUCUUCAAUUAUCAACAUGCUAGUCUGUGUCAAUACUCAUACGAAUCAGACCCAAUUAGUAAAUUCGAGUGCAAAUAAGCCCCAAAAAGAUCUUAUCUCGUCAACUAACGAAGACACACAUUUCAAUACUGGAACACAAUCCAAGUCGAAAUUGUUCUAUUGCGAUCAAGACGGAUGCAUUCGUCGCUUCUUUAACUAUGGCAAUCUGCUUCGACAUUUGGCUAGUGGUAACCAUUUUCGUAAAUUAGAAAAGCUGCCGAUGAAAGACUUCGCUAUGAUUACGUACAAGUCCAAACUAGACGAAGUUGACAAUCAACAACUCAUUUCCCUUGAACUAGAGAAAAUUAAUUUCCAUACGAACUCUAACGAUCAUUUACCUAAACUAAAUCAAGGUUGGGCUUUGCCAUCGCCUCGGAAAGUACAACGCCUGACUCCAAAAGUACGGCAAUUCUUGGAAGAAAAGUUUGAUGAUGGUGAACAGCGAGGAAUACGGUGGCAACCAGAGGCAGUUGUCAAUGAAAUGAAGCACAAAAAAGAUCCACUAACGGGCAGUUAUGUUUUCGAGCUUUCAGAGCUCGUUAAAGUUGGAACUGUUCGAUCGUUCUUUUCUCGACAGAGUACAAGCAGACGUAAGCAAACGAGCCGACAGUCAACUACUACACAAAACACCACUAUGACAAUCCCUGACGAAAGCGAUAACGAAGAAGAUACCGAUGAACAAGCAUUUCAAGAACAAUUAUCUGUUGACUUAGAUCUACAACUUCGACAGAUUCAAUUGUCUGCAAAAAUACUCAACUCAGCAGAUACCUCGUCAGCUUCAAAUAUCACCAAAAGAGCACUCCCGUCACUUGACAAAGAAAAUAUAUCACAUCCACGAAAAUCAUCACGAUUACCACGUAAAACCAACCAAUAA